AUGAGUUUAAGACAUUCAGCAGCAUUAAUGGUGCCACAGCCAUUCAUAAAUUUCAGGAAAAGGGUUUUAAUAAUAAUAAUAAAAAGCUUGCCGAAAAAGGCUUACAAUCUGAAGACAGAAGAGGAAUACAGAUACAGAUACAAACACAGGUUGUUGACUAGAAAGCUGCUGGGAAUGCUGCCUUUUGAGGUUUCGUGCCCAUUUUUCCUCCAAAUUUCUCCUAUAAAAACCUGGUCUUUUAAAAAAGAAAACAUCCUGUGUGUUUGGGCUUGGAAAAUAAAUGCCAGGUGGUGGAAGCUUAUUUUAUACACAGUUCAUUCCCAGUAA